AGUGGCCUGUGCCGGCCGCAAUAGCGUCGGCGCAUAUGUGUAGAUAAAGUACACGCGCAUGUGAACCAUUGUGGGUACACUUUAUCUGCAAACACAUUGCAUUCGUAUAAUCCGUGAUUCAAUUUCAAAUGAGAGCUGGUAACAUGGUCGCUAUAAUCGGCUACAUUUAAGUAGGUCGUGGGGAACCACAGUCCCCAGUUGGCAACUCUGGUUAGCUUACUUGUCAAAAACAGUGGUCAAAAAGUGGAAGUGGUUUCAUUUAGCUUCAUUCUAGUUUCACUGGGAUGCGGCCUGUGGUAUCGAAGCAUGUGUCUUUCUUGUAGCGUUUCAGUUAUACCUGUACAUUUAUGUGUUGGAGACGUAGGAAUUGUGGUAUUCAAGGUUGGAAAGAGAGAAGGCCUUCUCAGUCGGAGCGGUGAAGGGGCGGUACGACCUGUGAACAUCACCAGUGUUCCUUGAGGGCGUUUCACGUGUUUUGCAGUUGUGUUGAUCGUAAUGAUGUACGAUUCGCGAGACUGCUAAGAAUACGUGCCUGCCAAAUUCCAUCCUGAGUGUAAGUGCGAUGACUAUGCCGUCUGAAGCAUGUUACCAAGCCGGCUACAUCGACGAUUCGAAAACGCCGGUGUCAGGCUCCCAUCCGGCACCGACUAAGACGUUUGAAGAUGUUGAUAGAUUUUUGAAGCAGGGGAAGCUUAAAGAGGCAAAAGUGACAGUACGCAAGCAGCACUGGCCGAUCCACCAUCCUCGCCGUGGAGACCUGUGGUACCUCCUGGCAACAUAUCAUCGCUCCAAGGGCUCUCCCGGAUGUCAUGAUGAGACAGAGCCUUGUUCUCCUUCAUGGAGCCCUGGCUUGCCUUCCUUUGUGGACCCUCUUUAUUGUGAGGACUUCUGCCUGGGAAACAAUGGGAGACGUUGCUGUGAACGUCUGCUGCAUAAUGUGUCUUUGGCGUACCCUUUUGUCAGCUACUGCCCUCUGCUCUACCCUCUUACUGCUCUUUUCCUACAUUACCUAGGAGAAGAAAAGGCAUAUGACUGUGUCUCCUGCCUACUGGAAGGAACAAAGGUGCGCCACCUGAGCCAGACCCGUCUCAUGCAUCAUACUUCAGCUCGCACCCUCAAGACACUCACUAGAAAACUCUGCAAAAAGACCUACACCCGUCUGCAGAAGGUCCUGCGUCAAGAAGAAGACAUUGAUACAUUUUUUCGCACCUGGGAGCUGUGGGUAUUUCGAGCGUUGCCCUUUGGCCACGUGGUUCGUGUGACGGAUUGCUUCCUCUUGGAAGGUGUGCGGGCCCUCUACCGAUGCGCAAUGGCUCUCAUCAUUCUCUCUAUAUCUGAGCUGACAAGUGGACCGAAAGGCGCCGCCCCUGUUGAUGCCGGGGUCCUACUUGAACGCAUGGUGUCUUUCUGUAAAAUGUGCCCUGUCAAUGUGGACGUCUUCCUAGAGGUUGCUUACGGUAUAAAGGGGAUAAGUGGAAAAUCGUUGAACGACCUACUGUUGAAGGCUGAAGCUUCCGUGCGCUCAUGGACCUCUACUGACCUCCCUCCGUUGCCCUCGUGCCAUUCCUUACCUGUACAACAGGAGCGGUAUGACCGUGUGCGAUCUGCAUCCACUGCCAUUGUACCGAAGGUGAAAUCUCAAGUUCUCGACGCGGAUCAGCUAGGUACCCUGUGGACGUGGCUUCCAGCGCGCAUAGCGAUGCAGGAACCGCGGCUCAUCUUCACAACAAAUGAACACGGCUGCAGCAUAACGAGCUUCUUUCAACGCUGCGAGAUUUGGGAGCCCACUCUCAUCCUAAUUCGCACCACACAGGACGAGAGGCUCGGGGUUUACUGUUCUACACAGUGGGCCGAGAGGCACAAGGAGCGCUCCUACUUUGGAACUGGAGAGUCAUUUGUGUUCGCCUUUGAUGGAGAAAAAGGCAGCCAUUAUCCAUGGGUGGGAGCCCGCAGCCACGCUGAAGUGCCAGCUUCAUCUCGUCUUUUUCAAUGCGCCGAUCAGAAGAUGAUCCAAGUGGGAGGAGGAAAUGGCUUUGCUCUCUACGUGGACUCUUCGCUGGAGCACGGCCGGACACAGCAUUGUGACACAUUUGACAACCCACCUCUGGUCAAGUCUGGCGAGUUUGUCGUUGGCGCUCUGGAAGUCCUGGGCUUUGAAUAAUCCUAUGUGGAGAGCAGACAUCUUAUACAUGUACCACAAUUUGUGCAUACGUAAGAUGUAGUUCAAGACGCUUUCCGAGAUUUCCGUAAUACGCUUGUGAGAGACACUCUCAAUGCAAGCAGUGCUGCCAAGUGUGCAUCGUACCGUCACACUGUCGCGAUAAUUGGUGUAGUUCAGCGGUGUGCACACGUAGCUUAUUUAUAUGGUUGGUGUUUCGAUGUUGUGUAAGUAAUUGCGUAAGAGGGCAUACCCGUAGGCCAUACUCUAUGUAGGACAGUUGAGUGAGCUGGACUGGGCAUCACAGUCACUGUCCCGAAUUCGGAUGAAACAGUAGGUAUGCCGCGACAUUUGGCUAAUUGACGAAACCAUGUAAGUGUAAAUAAAGAACGUUCGAAU